GUAACGUUAUUGGCUAAUUUUGUAUUUUAUUUUACUAGACAACCAAUAAUAUUUUAGUAACAUUUUAAUGGAAGAAUUGUGAUAGAAGAGUUACUCUUUAUAUUUCUUUGGUUAUAUCUUUGUUCAAAUUAUGGAUUUAUUUGAAGAUUUACCGGAACCAAGUGAUUCAAAGAUCAAAGAAAUUCCUAAAAAAGUUUCUUCAGUUCCUUCAGAUGAUAAAAUCCAUUCAUUGUUUAAUGAUUUACCAUCACCUUCAAAUAUGAAUUCUAAUGCUGCCAUGAAGAGAAAAGCAGAUGACACUCCUAAUAUAUCCAAACCAAAAAAAUCUCUUACAGGUGUGUAUGGAUUACAAGGAUUUUUUGCAGAGAGAAAAGGAGAGAGAGAAGAAAUGCAAGAUUCACAUAUUUUAUUUGAUACAUUCCACAAAAACAUAGUUCAUUUAGAUUCUUCCAUUUGCAGAGUUGCGCUGUAUGGUGUAUUUGAUGGACAUGGAGGAGCCCGUGCUUCAAGACAUGUUGCCGAUAGGUUUCCUGAUAGUUUAGCAAGCAGCUUUCCCAAGGGUAAUGUCGAACAAGUUGAGAAAGAAAUAAAAAAGUGUUUGUUAGAAACUUUUAAAAAGACAGAUGAAGAGUUUUUAAAGGAAGCAGCUAAAAGUAAACCAACAUGGAAAGAUGGAACAACUGCGAUAAUUGUAUUACAAAUCAAUAAUACACUAUAUAUAUCAAAUCUUGGUGACAGCAAAGCAAUUUUAUGUCGUUUUAAUGAAGAAAGUAAAAAAUAUAUGGCUUUGAAUCUGAGUAAAGAUCAUUCACCAACUGAUUAUGAAGAAAGAAUGAGAAUUCAAAAAGCAGGUGGCUAUGUAAGAGAUGGACGAGUAAUGGGUGUAUUGGAAGUUUCUCGUUCGUUUGGAGAUGGACAGUUCAAGACAAGUGGUGUCAUCUGCUUGCCGGAUGUUAGACGCUGUCAGCUGACACAUAAUGAUAGUUUUAUACUUCUUGCAUGUGAUGGUUUAUGGAAAGUUUUUACAUCACAAGAAGUUAUAUCCAUAGUCAUGAAAACUUUAGAGGAUUCCAACAUCCAGGCCACAGAUCUGAAGAGGGCAGAAGAGGCAAGAUACGAGACCGCUUGCAACAGACUGGUCAACGAGGCGGUUCGAAAAUUGAGUGGCGACAAUGUCACCGUGGUCAUCGUGGCCAUUCAAAAAUAAGAAGACCUCAUCUGUUAUUCCAUAAAAAAAUUAUUUUGUUCACAUUUGACAAUAACUUCACCACACCAGACAUACAGAAUAUAUUUAACAAUUUCUUUCGUGUUUACUGUAAGAAAUUUAUCAAAUAAACAGUAUCCAUUACACAUUA